AUGGCACCGGACCAGGAGAAGGAUAAAUUACCUUCACAGAAGGUAUAUGAAGCACUGGACGGAAGUGGAAGUACUUCUGAAUGUAAAACUACUGUAAUAGAAAAAAGUUUAUUAUGGAGCCGCACUUAUGUCGGACAACAUAAAGAGGAAAUUAAAAAGGCUUGUUGUUACGCAUCUGAAUUAGGUAGGAAUGAAGAACCGCUCCAUAAUUAUCGCUGUCCUUUUUUGUUUUAUUGGAUAAUUGACAAAAUAAAAGGAGCAUUGCAUAGUGGUGUAUAUCAGGAGGCCACCCAGGAUGUUUAUAUCUUACUGAAUUCAUUUAAACCUGAAUGGAAGUGUAGUAAUGCAUACAAUGGUAUGGGCGAAUACGUUUUCAAGUACAGUAAAGAAGUGUUCGAUCACAAUUAUAACAUUCGUGUUUUACGGAAUAAUCCUAGUUGUGAUCAAUACAUGCAGGGAAGGGAAUAUACCACACACCUAGAAGGAGCUAAAACAGCAUAUGGCUGGUUAAGUGGGAAUUGCACUACUGCUACUAAUGAGUCAUAUUGUCCAUACAUUAAGCUAGAAAAUAAUCAGUGGAUACCGAAGGAGCUGUCACAAUUAGAAUGUGACGCAGUGGUUGCAGCAGAUCUUGAAUCAAAGGCAGCAGGAUUGACGGGACCACUAACGGAGGAACAUUUGAAUAAAUUACCCUCAGUGAAAAUAUAUAAACAGUUGGAUGGAAAGGCCGAAAGUUAUAGUAAUAAAGAUUGCAAUACGGAAGUAAUGCAAGGACUGCAGGAGAAGGUUACAGAUAACAGUACUAGGGAGAAGAUUAUGAGGGUUCUGUGCUACAUUCAUGAAAUAAAAGGUAAUAAGGGAGAAGGAAGAACAUGGUGUGAUUUGUUCUAUUAUUGGAUGGGUGGAAUAUUAUCUGAAGCAUUAACGGAUGAUUUCGAUUUUCAGUCUACUAUGAAUAGCUGCUAUAGUAGAAUGGACGGGAGUAAGGAGAAACAUGGGUGUAAUUUUAUGUACCUUUUUGAGAAGAAAUUAUUCAAGGCGCUGAAAAUGCUGUUCCAUUAUAAAUUGGACGAAGUAAUUAUAAAGAAACAAUUAGAGGGAGGAAAUAAGAAGUGCACUGAAAAGUAUCAUACAUAUUUAGAAGAUGUGAAGAAGGCCUACAAGAAAAUAAAGCAGAAUUGUACAAACGAAAGAAAUAGGGAAUGUUAUAAUAAGUUUGAGGAGUUGUAUGAAGGUUAUGAAAAUGAAGAAGAUUUAGGAUUGAACUGUGAACUGACAGGUGCAGGUCAUGGGAAAGAGGCGGAAGGAAGUCCAAAUCAAGGGAAGAAAGCAGAAGGAAGUCCUAAUCAAGGAAAGAAAGCAGAGGGAACUCCUAAUCAAGGGAAAAAAGUUGAAGGUGGUUCUGCUGCUAGCAGUGCCAUUGCACCUGCUGCUGUGUCUGGUGGCGCAUUAGCUGCAUUGGGACUUCCUGCAUUGGCAUACUUUUUUUACAAGUACAAACCAUUCUUCCUUAAUAAACGUAACCACUCUGGUGGAGGAAGCCGGAAGAAAAGGUCCCUUAGGAGAAAAUUUAAUGAGUUUGAGGAGGACGACGACACCUUAACAACAAUAAAUUUAUCCGAAUAUUCAAUCCCAUAUACCUCAUCAUCAUCAUCCAGAUAA